AUGCUUGAUGUUAGGCUACGGCUUCGAGACGCAAUCAUUGCAGGCAAUGUUGUUGUCGUGAAACGUCUUCUACGACGGUUUCCCCAGCAUCUAAAGAAUAUCAAUCCCGAUAAUGGCUGGUCUUCGCUUCAUUAUGCUGGAUAUUAUGGCCACUAUAUCCUAUGCACCCAUUUGGUCAGCUUGGGGCAUGAUCGGGAUGAAAUUUCUCUUAACUUUGAAAAUAAUGCCCCUAUCCAUACCACCGUCUUGAGUGGGAAUCACCAAACACUACUUAUGAUCCUCCAAGCGUUUCCCGAUUCCCUUGAUUUAAAAGGUGAGAAGCUAAGGUCUCCCCUUCAUAUGGCAGCAGUUUUGAACUUCGGUAAUUGUGUGGAUAUGCUCAUUGAAAAGGGAGCAAAUAUCAACGCGAUUGAUUUACUAGGAAACACCCCUCUUCAUUUGGCAAUGAUGUAUGGUAGUAAAGAAUGUAUAAAACUGUUGAUGGUCCAUAAUGCUUACAUUGAUAUCAGAAAUGCCGAAGGUUGGCUACCGGUAGAGGUGGCAAGAGAUCUUGCAACAGAACAGUGGUUUAAUGAAUUAAAGGAGGAAUUGAUUUCAACAAAAUACAAGCCAGUGUCGGUCAUUGAUAUCAAGAGAUCAGCGACAUUACCUAGUGACCUGAUGUCGCCAAUAUCCAGUCCAAGCUACAAUAUCUUUUCCAAUUAUCAAUCGGCGAUUUCAAAUGUCUCUUCUGCCAGUUCAAUUUCACAACCAACUUUCCAAAAAAUAACCAGAACCAAUAGUGAUUUAGAUAAGCUUUUAGAAAAGCCGAUCACCGACUUCACUAUCAAUUAUAAACCAGCUAAAAGCUCUCCAAAGGGUAGAAAGCAUUCUAAUUCUUCUCCAGGAGUAUUAUCGUCCUUCCAUGAUAGGGAGAGCAUACUACUUGCCGAUGAUAGUAUUGAAGAGGAACCCCACUCACCAACUGCUAGUGGCUCCCCAUCAACUAUUCAUUCAAACAGCACUUCGGAGCUUGGAUCUAUGGUAUCACCUUUGUUUCCUCCUUCGAUACCCCCAGCUCCAGGAAAUUUCCUCCCUUCUCCAGGGAGGUCUACUGGAAAUUAUGAGCAAACAAAUAGCGGGGGAAGCUCACCUCUUAAACCAGUGGAAUUCGUUUCAAAACGUCAAACAGAACGCAAGGUACGAGUGGCCCCAGUUAAGAUUAUUACGCAAACUCGCCCAGCGCGUUCCAACAGUAAUGAAGUGUACAAUUCUCGAAAAAUAAUUUCUCAAACCAGAAUGCAUUCCAAUUCGGUAGGAAGCCAGCUGCUUCAUAAUGCUAUAAUUAACAUUGGUAUUAAUGGUCCUACUGGAGGUCUUUCUGUCCUUGCUGCGUCACCAAAACUAAAAGGUUCCAAAAGCUCAUCAGUCCUCAACUCUCCUGAGAAAGAUACUAAGCAGCAAAACUUGCUUUUAAGUGCCAACGGCACUCGCUCUAGGGCCAGUAGUGUACAGAAUAUGAUCAACACCCCUGGGAGAUAUCGCUCCAAUACGAUUUUAUCAUACAAUAGUGCAGUAUCUGAUAGUAAAUCUAAACAAAGCACUACAAACAAUACACCAAAGAAUAUUGUGAUCGGGGGUUUCCAAGAUAAUAGAGGUGGUAACAAGAGACCUGAUGUUGCUUUUAGUGGUGCUGCUGAUCAACAAGAACUUUCUUCUGAACCACCACAACUAGAGAGAAGAUCAUCAAAUUCGCUCAAUGAUUUAAUGUGUGAUUUGAAUAAUAAUAACGAUAUCACUGAUAAGUAUAAAAAUGAAAACAGCCAUGAUUCAAGUUUAGGAACUCAUAUUAUUCAACAUUCGGAUGAUGAGCAUGCUGAUGAUAGUGGUACUGAUGUGGAUUCGAGUGAUGGAGAAGAGGAUGGUGGUGAGUCGCCGACCAGACAAACGGCUAGGGCUUUUAACAAUAUAUUAGUGCCCCGCAAUAAGAUUUUUGUAAAUGGUGAUGAAGUACACGGUGAUGAGACGAACACAAACAUUACAUUCAAUCCAACAAGCGUUUCCAAUUCUUUGAGCCCUGAAAAAAUAGUUGGCGACCAAUUGAAUUUUGCAGUUAAGAAUCUUCGCAAUACCCCGGCCCAUCAAGAAUUGGCGAAAUUCUACUCUCCUAAUAUUGUUAACGACGAUUCACAAGCCCAGUUCGCGUCUAUUGAUGAAUUUAGCGGAGUUUCUUCAGGCUUGAGUACCGCUCAUGAUGCAGUGAAUCCAUUUAUGGAACCUAAGGAUAUCAUUGGCGAAACCUAUCGUCGUCAAAAUGGUUCCAAUUCAUCAUUGGGUAACCACCAUGAAAAUGCUAGCUCAGAACAUUUUGAUGAUAUGGGACUUGUAAUAGGUGCUGGAGGAAGUAAGAGAAGUUCGAUUUUGGCGGUGCCUAUUAUGAGUAUGCAACGUAGGCGAAUUGAGGAUAGUGAUGAUGGUGAUUGA